ACAGAUUCCCAUUUUUCCAAUUUAUUUUUAAAACUGUCAUUUUGGCACCGAAAAUUUUCCCCUCUUUCAUUCAUCAAAUCGUCUCUGAAGAUCAUCUCAAAUUCUUGAUCGGAGAUUCGGAAUCCGAAUCAAUGGCGAGCCGCUUCGGUUCCCAAUCCGCGACCGUGACGAUGCACGCGGUCAACACGCCGGGCUCAGAUCUCGUCCUCACCAACUUCGCCUAUUGCUCCACCUCCGAUCUCCAGAGCUUCCGCGUCCCCAACUCCAAUCUCUUCCUCGCCUCCGUCGCCAGCGACACCUUCGUUCUCUCUCUUGCUUCUCAUCCGGGCAUAAGCAAUGGUCAAAUUGGCUUGAAUUCAAUCCAACGUCGCCAAGCUAGAGUUUCCAGUGGUGACUCAGUAUCUCUAAACAGAUAUAUCCCACCAGAUGAUUUUAAUCUUGCUUUGCUAUCGGUUGAGUUGGAAUUUGUUAAAAAGGGUACUAAAAGUGAACAAGUUGAUGCUGUUCUUUUGGCUAAUCAACUCAGAAAGAGAUUUGGUAACCAGGUUAUGACGGCAGGGCAGAAAGUUAUAUUCGAAUAUCAUGGAAAUAAUUACAUUUUUACAGUAAAUCAAGCAGUUAUAGAAGGUCAAGAAAAAUCCAAUGCUGUUGAAAGAGGGAUGAUAUCCAAUGACACUUACAUUGUCUUUGAAGCAUCUAAUGCCAGUGGAAUUAAGAUUGUCAACCAACGAGAGGCUGCCAGUAGCAACAUCUUCAGGCAUAAGGAGUUUAAUCUUCAGUCACUGGGUAUAGGUGGCCUAAGUGCAGAAUUUGCUGAUAUCUUUCGAAGAGCAUUUGCUUCUAGGGUUUUUCCUCCUCAUGUGACUAGCAAACUGGGUAUUAAGCAUGUAAAGGGUAUGCUGCUUUAUGGGCCUCCCGGUACUGGGAAAACUCUUAUGGCUCGCCAAAUUGGAAAAAUGUUGAAUGGAAUGGAGCCAAAGAUUGUAAAUGGUCCUGAAGUCCUAAGCAAAUUUGUUGGUGAAACUGAAAAGAAUAUUAGGGAUCUUUUUGCUGAUGCUGAGAAUGAUCAAAGGUCUCGUGGGGACCAAAGUGAUUUGCAUGUCAUAAUAUUUGAUGAAAUUGAUGCUAUUUGUAAGUCAAGAGGAUCAACUAGAGAUGGUACAGGAGUUCAUGAUAGCAUUGUCAAUCAGCUACUUACCAAGAUAGAUGGUGUGGAGUCUCUAAAUAAUGUUUUGCUUAUUGGAAUGACCAACAGAAAGGAUAUGCUGGAUGAAGCACUCUUGAGGUUCCUCCCUCUCGCUCUUUCUCUUUCUCUCUCUGCCCCUUGCGGCAUUUACACUGAGAUUAUUCGUGUUAGUAACACAAAAUGUAUUGCAUAUGCCCGGCAGUGUACCAUCCUGGGGUUAACUUCUCAUCCGGGCAUAAGCAAUGGUCAAAUUGGCUUGAAUUCAAUCCAACGUCGCCAAGCUAGAGUUUCCAGUGGUGACUCAGUAUCUCUAAACAGAUAUAUCCCACCAGAUGAUUUUAAUCUUGCUUUGCUAUCGGUUGAGUUGGAAUUUGUUAAAAAGGGUACUAAAAGUGAACAAGUUGAUGCUGUUCUUUUGGCUAAUCAACUCAGAAAGAGAUUUGGUAACCAGGUUAUGACGGCAGGGCAGAAAGUUAUAUUCGAAUAUCAUGGAAAUAAUUACAUUUUUACAGUAAAUCAAGCAGUUAUAGAAGGUCAAGAAAAAUCCAAUGCUGUUGAAAGAGGGAUGAUAUCCAAUGACACUUACAUUGUCUUUGAAGCAUCUAAUGCCAGUGGAAUUAAGAUUGUCAACCAACGAGAGGCUGCCAGUAGCAACAUCUUCAGGCAUAAGGAGUUUAAUCUUCAGUCACUGGGUAUAGGUGGCCUAAGUGCAGAAUUUGCUGAUAUCUUUCGAAGAGCAUUUGCUUCUAGGGUUUUUCCUCCUCAUGUGACUAGCAAACUGGGUAUUAAGCAUGUAAAGGGUAUGCUGCUUUAUGGGCCUCCCGGUACUGGGAAAACUCUUAUGGCUCGCCAAAUUGGAAAAAUGUUGAAUGGAAUGGAGCCAAAGAUUGUAAAUGGUCCUGAAGUCCUAAGCAAAUUUGUUGGUGAAACUGAAAAGAAUAUUAGGGAUCUUUUUGCUGAUGCUGAGAAUGAUCAAAGGUCUCGUGGGGACCAAAGUGAUUUGCAUGUCAUAAUAUUUGAUGAAAUUGAUGCUAUUUGUAAGUCAAGAGGAUCAACUAGAGAUGGUACAGGAGUUCAUGAUAGCAUUGUCAAUCAGCUACUUACCAAGAUAGAUGGUGUGGAGUCUCUAAAUAAUGUUUUGCUUAUUGGAAUGACCAACAGAAAGGAUAUGCUGGAUGAAGCACUCUUGAGGCCUGGUCGGUUGGAGGUUCAAAUUGAGAUCAGCCUUCCAGAUGAAAAUGGCCGCCUGCAGAUUCUUCAAAUUCAUACGAACAAGAUGAAAGAGAAUUCAUUUCUUUCUCCUGAUGUGAACCUUCAAGAACUUGCUGCUCGUACAAAAAACUUCAGUGGUGCAGAGCUUGAAGGUGUUGUGAAAAGUGCUGUAUCCUAUGCUUUGAAUAGACAAAUUAGUAUGGAUGACCUUACCAAGCCAGUGGACGAAGAGAGUAUCAAAGUUACCAUGGAUGACUUUCUUAAUGCACUUCAUGAAAUUGUUCCUGCAUUUGGGGCAUCCACUGAUGACCUCGAGCGCUGUAGACUUAAUGGCAUGGUGGACUGUGGUAAUCGCCAUAAGCACAUCUAUCAAAGGGCUAUACUACUAGUGGAACAAGUUAAAGUGAGCAAAGGAAGUCCUCUCGUUACUUGUCUUUUGGAAGGCCCAAGUGGCAGUGGUAAAUCUGCUUUGGCAGCUACUGUUGGCAUUGAUAGCGAUUUUCCAUAUGUGAAGAUAAUCUCAGCUGAAUCAAUGAUUGGUCUUCAUGAGAGCACCAAAUGUGCACAGAUUGUCAAGGUUUUUGAGGAUGCAUACAAGUCACCCUUGAGUAUUAUUAUCCUUGAUGACAUUGAAAGGUUACUGGAGUAUGUUGCAAUUGGACCUCGUUUUUCAAAUAUAAUUUCUCAAACGCUGUUGGUCCUCCUCAAACGGCUUCCACCAAAGGGUAAAAAGCUUUUGGUGAUAGGGACAACAAGUGAAGUGAGCUUCUUAGAUUCAGUUGGCCUUUGUGACGCUUUCUCUGUCACUUACAAUGUCCCUACUUUGAAGACAGAUGAUGCAAAGAAGGUGUUAAAACAACUCAACGUUUUUGCUCAAGAAGAUAUUGAUACAGCUGCAGAGGCCCUGAAUGAUAUACCUAUCAAGAAGCUGUAUAUGGUGAUUGAGAUGGCCGCUCAAGGAGAGCACGGCGGAUCCGCGGAGGCAAUCUUCUCUGGCAAAGAAAAGAUUAAGAUCUCACACUUCUACGAUUGCCUUCAGGAUAUGGUUCGAUACUAGUUUCAACACUUACUUUCAAUCUUAAUUUUCCGAGUUAACUCAAAAAAAAUACUGCAAUGGGUGCUUCACCAUGUCUAGUUUGGAACUAGAUCUGGUGUUACAUAUCAAAAGGGUUAAUUGGUCUUCAAUUCCUUGUUGCUUGCUUUGAUCUAUCUUUUUAUAUUCAUUUUUAUUGUUUUGGGUCGUGUUUGAUUUCCUCUAGCUUAAUUUUGGAAUCCAGCCCUGUAAAUUUUACAAAUUACAAACCUUUUUUGGAGAAUUAUGUAAUAGAGAAUAGAAGAAACUUUUGUGGUCAUAUCUUGAGAAAUUAUUUUUCAUUCUUA